UGUACAUAUACCCGACAUACAUGGACGGCUGCAUCUUCUGCGACCCCAUGACCGCCGACGGCAUUCUCUUCGAAGACGACGUUGUGAUGGCAUUCCGAAAUGUCCACCCGCGCGCCGCCAUCCACGUGCUGGUUGUGCCCAAGCAGCACAUCAACAACACGUCCGAGCUCGGAGAAACGCACAUGUCCCUCGUGCAAUACAUGGUCAAGGUCGGCAAGAUGGUGCUAGCCCAGCAGUGCCAAGUCUUGUUUACCGACCAAGUACUACGUCACAGCCAUGUAUUUGGGUUCCACCAGUUCCCAUUCAAUUCUGUGAACCAUCUCCACCUUCACUGCAUCGUACCGCCAUACACGCGGUGGUGGCACCGCCUUUGGUACACCGACUCGUGCGUCGUUGGCCACUUUAUCAGCGCCGACUCGUUACUAGAACACCUCCGCCUCAGAUAACUCUUUACUAGAACAACUUCCCUCGUAGUAUAUAUACUAUUUCUAUCAAAU